CGUAAGGGCGCAUGCUUACAGUUAACUCCACAUCCUCCGGUCCGUAAUUCCGGUUCAUGAACAGCCUGGGUCUCGAGGAGUAGGAAGGCACACCGGGGAGCUCGCUCACCUCAGUCUCUAAUCCGUCCUCGACGGUCCGUCCCGUAUCACACAUGUUCUGCUGAGGACGCGCUCCCCAACCGAAAAAAAACGACCAUGUCCACCGGGUCGCUUAGCGACGUUGACGACGAGCUCCUGGACGGGAUCCUGAAGUUCGGCUCUUCCGGUAAAGACUCCGGUACGUCGAACGAGAGCACCGGGGAGAGUUCGAACUGCGAAGGCGGCUCGGCCAACGAAAAAACAGCCCGGGGAAAGAAACGGAAAACAGGGUCCGGUAGGAAAACCGCGCUGAACGGCGUGGCGCACGAUGGGGGCGGCAAGCAGCCGCAGAGGAACGCGGCCAACGCACGGGAGAGGGCAAGGAUGCGCGUGCUAUCCAAAGCGUUUUCCCGUUUGAAGACGACUUUACCGUGGGUCCCGCCGGACACCAAGCUCUCCAAACUGGACACACUUCGCCUCGCCUCGAGCUACAUAGCCCAUCUACGGCAGAUCCUCGCCAACGACAAAUACGAGAACGGAUUUAUCCACCCGGUGAACCUGACGUGGCCCUUCAUGGUCGCCGGGAAACCGGAGAAUGAUUUGAAAGAGAUGCUCAACACCACCCGGUUGUGUGGAACAACCGCCUCAUGAUGUAACGGAUGGACAUGAUAUGAACAUUAAUCGUCAAGGGAUGGACAUGAUACAUUUUUUUGGAAUUUUUCAGAUGGACAGAAAUGCACGUCAUCUCUCCUAAACCAAAUAAUGAGUGGAAAUACCGGGAGAGCGCACGCUCUCUCACGCGUUCCGAUACAGAGAAUCUGAUUUUAUAUUUAAAGUGUUCACAUGUUGCCUUUGCUGGUUCGAGGACAUAUUGUGUUUUGUAUACGUUUUUAUAAUCUUAAAAAUGCUUAUAAAAAAACAAACUUUGUCACACGAGUAUUUGUUUUACAGGUGAUGUUGUCAGUCGCCGCGUUGGAAGUGCACAUGAAACAUGUCUCAAUAUCCUAUCUGAAUAGCCAGAUUUUAUACGAAUAAAAUGUAUUCAUCGCAUAAUUUUCUUCCCCAAUGUGCAUUGUGUUGAAGUUGGACUAAGAGGAAUUUAAAUUCUACAGGGCACUGUUUUUUUGUUACUGUAGGCUAUAAGGCUAUUUUCCUGCUAACCCAAUAACCCCUGGUUAUUACCAAUCCCUCAAAAUCACAGCACAAAACUCUAGAAACGAGCACCGGGGGAGGAAAAAAAAUCUAAGUGUCCACAGGUCCAGGUUUAUUUGUUUUCCUCUAUCUCCUAAAGUAAACAAUGGAUAAAGCCUACUAGACUAUCUCGUUAAAAUAAAUAUAUAAAUAUAUGGUUUGCGCCUUG